AUGGGAACAUCAGUUUUAAUUAUAACUUUCUUUAAUCCAGCUGAAAACAUUCAACGAAAGAUUCUUGAAGAUCAAGAUGAAUUAAUUCAUAAUGAUUGUACAAACCACAUAGAAAAUAUUCGAAAAAUUCAGAAUGCCUUUAAUAUUCUGAAUAAGACAAUUGGAACAGUGUUGUCGAUAAUUACUAUUAAUAACUUAACCGGAAUCACAACUAUUGUAUUUUCAACAAUUGCUUUAACAAGGACAAUAAAUUCAAUAUUUCUUUUAAUGUUCAACGCAAUUUCAAUCACAUCAAAUAUGAUAAUUACUUACAUUAAUCCAUCCCAAAAUAUUGAGUUCAAGAUAUCAGAAACACUAUUUAUCCUUACGAACAAUAUUACAAACUGUCAUAAAUGCAAAGAACACCGUAAAAUGCUUCUCAUCGAACUUUUAAAUAAACCUAAUUUAAGUGUUAGAUUCGACAAUACUUUUGCGUAUAUUGGAUGGUUUGCAGCAUUUAAAGUAAAUUUUAUUAUUUCCGCGUCAUUUAACUUUUAUAACAACUUCCAACAAUUUGUGCUGAUUACUUUACGAGAAAUUCAAAGUGAUCUUCAAGAUUUCGAAUUCAGUAAAAAUAAAUUGGAGAAAUCGAUCAUUAAAUUUGUAAAAAUCGAAAACUUUUUAGAAUAUUAUGAGAAAGUUUUUGGAUUACAGCAGACAGUUAGCAAUGUCACUUGUGUGUUUGCUUUUGUCACAUUUACAUUCAACUUUGCACAAGGAACAAGAUCUAAUUUCGAUGUUCAAACAAAAUUUAUAAAUGUGAUCACAUUCAUUCCAGUUAUCAUACAAGCGUCAUACUUCAUAUCAAAUUUUGCUGAGGAAAUUUCUAAUGAGAAAAGAAGCAUUUUAUUUAUAUUGAGUGAUGAUCUUUAUUAUUUAGUAUGUACUGAUUAUCAAAAAGAAAUUUCAUUCAACUUUAUUCGAACCUCAACAAGCGGACUUGAUAUUGAGCUUAAAUUUGUGAGCCUUUUGGCAUUUAUUCCUUACUUGAUUCAAAUUAAAAUUUUCAUAUCAAAUCUUUCUGAGGAUGUAACAGUUAAAAAGAUGAAGAUUUUGAUGAUUUUGAAUAAAAGUUUUAUGCAUAAUUUAUGUAAUCGAAAUGUUAAGAAAAUCCUUUUUAACUCUGUGCAGGCUUUUAAAUCUGAUUAUGAUUUCAAUAUGAAGCUUACAGGUUUUGUAACGUUUUUGCCAUUCCUCAUUCAAAUCAAGUUUUAUUUAACAAAUUUAGCAGAGGACGUAGAAAAUGAGAAAAUGUUAAUUUUAAUGAAUUUAAGUGAUCAACUUUCUUAUUUGAGUUGUACUAAGAAUCAUCGAAAUCAGAUUAAGCAACUUUUAAUAAAAUUGGCAUCAAAAAAUAAUAAUUUUAAAAUUUUCAAUAAAAUGUUAUUGGAUCACAAAUUUAUGUACUCAGUUGCAUCGAUUUCUUUGCUGUAUUUCAUUGUACUUAUACAAUAUGAGUUAGGAGAAGAACUUGCUUUCCACAAAGGUCUCGUUGUCCUGAAGUUAACGGAGUGCGUUCAGAAUAAAGACAAAAAAGAGUGCUUUAAUUUCGUUCAAACUUUAAUGUCAGAUUACGAUUAUGUAAUGAAGAUUUCAGGAUUUGCCACAUAUUUUCCAUUUAUCCUUCAAAUGACACUUUACAUCACAAAUUUUGCUGAGGACAUUGAUAAUGAAAGAAAGUUAAUUUUGUCUUUACUAAAUAAUCAAUUACCUUAUCUAUGCUGUGGGAAUGAUCAACGUGAGAAUAUCAAAUUGCUUUCAAUUAAGCUGCUGGCAAAGAACAACAAUUUUAAAAUAUUUAACAAAGUUUUGUUAAAUCAUAAAUUCAUGCAAUCAGUAUUGUCGAUAUCUUGGAUGUAUUUCAUAGUUUUAGUUCAGUUUGAGAUUGGAGUAUAA